GGGAAUACUGGCUGUGCAGAGUGUGUGGUCCAAGGUGAUUUGUGUUGCUUUUUGCUUAGGCCUUUUGUUGCAUGUGUUGAGUGAUUCCUGCUGUUGUCCAAUUAUUUUGCUGCUCAGUUUAAUGAUUCUGUUUAGUGGGUUCCUAUGGAUGUUGGACAGUGCUCCAAACCAGGAAGUGAUGUUAAGAGUGAUUAUGGAUUAAAUGAAACAUCUGUAGAAUGCUGUCAGAACGGAUUGGUGGACCUGAAGUUUGCGAAGGAAAAAGAGACUUUGCUGGCACUUGGAGAGGAUGGUAUCAGUAUGUGUUUUGAAGUUGACUCUCAAUGUUUACAAACCACCAAGACAUUUGGCACCCAAAGGAAGAAAGGCAAUCAUUUAUAUUUGAUGUACCCUAUAUGGUUAUCUUUUUUCAUACAAUCAGCCAAUCACAAAAUCUGAGAAAUCUUUUGGCAUGACAUUUGGCAUUGAAAUACUGAAAAAUUAGUCUACAGGCAAUGUGAAGUCGACAUUGCAACAUGUUGAAUGCUACGGUGAUAAGUGCAAUGUUUUGAGUGCCUGUGUUGGACUGUUGUUCUGUCUCACAAAAACCCACGGAGCAGUUAGUCCCAAUGAAUUCAAACUCUUAACCACAAGACAUUUGCACUACCUCCCAUAAGUAACCCAGACACGCAGAUUUUGUUUUUAGAUAUAUUUAAAUAUAUUGUUUGUACAAUUUGCCAACAACUGGCUGCUAAAAAAGGGGCUUCACUUGUUCCAGAUUUAACUCGAGCUGCUUCAUUCAUUCAUCUACAAUAAAGUUUUAGUUUUAGGAUUUCAAGAUUUGGAUUUGGAUUUACAUAUAAAGAUUUCCAUUCAUGUAUACGAUUUAGCUUCAGAUUAAGCAUUUAGAUUUAGGAUUUCGAUUUCGAUACAAGAUUUGAUUUAAAUAUAGCAUGUCGAUUUAGAUUUAAGAUUUAAUAUAUAAUUCUAAUUCUAUAUGCCUGGAAAAAGUGACAUGUAAAUGGCAGUGUAGUUUGGAGGGGUGUUUAUAACCGAAAUCUGGGAGAAAUUAAGCAAACUGUAGGUUAAGUGAGUCACCCUUUUCAGCAGCAAAAGCUUACAAAAGGCACCCAAUUACUACUUUACAAAGAUCUAAAUGGUACAAAGCAAUUUGUCAGCCUCUGUUACCUUAUUUCUUACUCAGUAACCUGAAGACAUUGGUUGGUUGGCGGGUUUUAGUAACUAUUUGGUUCAUUGUUAUAUAUUCCCCAGAAACACUCAAGCUGUACUUUCAGUUAAAAAUGGUAGCAACAAACAGGACGAGAUUUUUGUGUGGUGUUAUGACCGUACAACCCUGUUCACGGAAAACAGUACCUAGUAGGUAAACAAGAAACCCACAAUUCAUAGGUUCCCCCAUCAACCAUCUGUGCCAAGUUUCAAAAACCCUUAUUUCCUCCGAAACUCAUGCCACAGCUUUGGUUUCAUAUCUCAAGACGACUCUCAUAACACCUUGUGGUAAAACACUCUCAUACUCUCUCAUCCCAUGUUUUACAUCUGUCUAUCACUCUCUUAUCAUCUUUCUCUUCACCUGUGUCUGUCCGUCCGUAGCCAUGGCGAUGAUCCAACAACAGGUGAUGACCAACCAGCCCAGUGUGGUGGUGACCUCGGCUUUCGAGCCGGGGAGGGAGAUGUGGUCAUCCGGCUUGUUCAGCUGCUGUGACGACAUGGGGAUAUGCUGCCUUGGGUAUUGUUUCCCGUGGGCCCUGGCGUGUCAGGUCAGCGCGGACCACGGCGAGAGUCGGUGUCUCCCCCUGCUGGAGUGUUGGAGCGGCAUAGUCCCAGCCGUGGCCCUGGGCCUCCGGAUCUCCGUGAGAGAGCGCUACCGCAUAAAGGGCUCCAUUUGUGAAGACUGCUGUAUCGUCACGUUUUGCGGCAUAUGCUCAUACUGUCAGCUGGCACGGGAACUCAAGGAACGCCGGUGCCGUCACACACAGGUCAUCUCCUCCACCACCGUGCAGGUCACAUCGAAUCCUCCGGCAUAUUACCCUGUCCAAGGCUACGGUCCCCCACAAUAAUAGGCAGGACCCAAGGCUUUAUACUUGAUAAUAAGGUGUGCAAUUGUAUUGCUGUGGAGCUUUUUUGGGAAAUGUUUGCUUAGAGCCGGUGGGGCAUGACGUUAUGUUUGCGGGUUUGAGCCCACCCAAGAAAUGUGCCGCUCAAGGCUUUGCAAGAUGACUUGGUUAAAACGUGUGUGUUUGUGCGUGCGUGUGUGUGUGUGUGUGUGCAGGGCCGUGGCACCAAAUCCUGGGCCCUGUAUACAAGAGGUACUUGUAUACAAGUACCCCC